AUGUCCAAACUUCUCCUUCUCUGUUUUCUCAGCUUAGCCAUCGGUAGAAUGUAUGUUUAUUCUCCUGAUGCGCUAAGGCUUGAGAUGCAAAACAGAUACUCCCACGGAGAAAUCAGAAAUUCUUUGGCAAACUUCGGAAAUCCUCCCUAUGGGUCAGUCAUAGUUGGCCGUGUAUUUUACCGUGCAUCCCAAUCUGACGCUUGUGAACGUAUGGCACCAUUUGACUGAACUGACGAUCCAGACCAAAUCAACACCCCAAUUCUCCUUGUAAACAGAGGGUCUUGCUAUUUCAGCGUAAAAGCUAGACAUGCCCAAGACAUCGGCGCCAGAGCUCUUAUAGUAGUCGAUAAUAAAGAUGAGAACCCUGAAAACGUGAUUAUGAUUGACAAUGGGUCUGCUGGGAAUAUUUUUAUCCCUACUUUUCUGAUUUCUAAGUCAGACGGCGAGCUUAUACAAAGAUAUAUUAAUAAUAGUACCUAUACGCGUCAUGUUGCUUUGUCGUUGACUUUUGAUGUGCCUCAUAAUGGGAGUAAAAUCAAUUACGGUGUUUAUAUGUCAUCAGAAGUCCCUCAUGUUUAUGAUUUCUUAACUUUUUAAAUGCAGAAAAUUAAUAUUUAAUAAGGAAAAUCAUUUAAAAAAAUUUUACUGUUUAGAUUCUUAAUAUAAAAUUAAUUAAAAAAUAGUUUAGCGAAAAAAUUUUUUUGGAUUUUUUCAAAAUUUUUACAUUAUCGAAAGAAGAGUAAAGGAAUUCGCACCUAUAGCUAGUGGGAUUAAAAAGGAAAGUGCAUUAUUUAGACCACAUUAUGUGACUAGCUAUUGCAUUUGGUGCAGUGUUGACUACUUUGGCAAAGCCGAACCAAAUUGCUUAAGCGGGGGACGAUACUGUAUAGAACCUCCAUUAGGCGUAGACGCUACAGGACGAGAUUACAUCUACGAAGACCUUACUCCCCUACUUUAGCGAAAACAAUUUGUUCGAUCAUGGGAGUGAUUAAGAAAAUUUUAUAUAAUUUUUUUUUUCAAAAUUCAAAAAAAUCCCAAUUCGAAAUAAAUUUAAAUACAAUUUCUUUAAAAUUCAGCUAAAGAUUUCAAUAUUGUAAUUAUCGAACUAUAUAUCAAAUAUUUUUGAAAAAAAAUUUUAUAUUUUUUUGCUCACUAUGUGAUUUUUACUCAAAAAAUAGGGAUUUUUCUAAUGGUUUUACUCACCCAUCAGGGCAUUUAGAGAAAUCUGCAUUUAUAGAGAAACAGAAAAAAAGGAUACCUAUUCCCUAUGGUUCAAUUAUAUUAAAUAUUACACAGAACUUUGCACAGGAAAUGUGACUGAAAGUUGCUCAGAAGCAGCCAUGAAAAAAGCUGGCGUGAACGUAAAAAAAGUGAAAUUAUGCGUAAAAGAAAGCUUUUUAGAAGGCGACCCGUUAAUAGUAGACAAUAUUCUACUUAAAGCUGAAAGAGAGUCCUGGGCGAACGCAUCAGCUUCAUUUUAUCCAGCAUUAGUCGUCAAUAACCAAACAUACAGAGGUGACUGGGAAACUGAUCCAGUAGUAAGAGCAUUAUGCGCUGGGUAUAGCUAUGGCCAAGACCCUGAGUUUUGCAAAGGAACCCCAGUACCUCAAGAGGACGAUAAUAAAGGUACAGGUGCUGGGACCAUUAUUUUGAUUUUAACAUUAUGCGUAGUGCUUGUAGGGGUCAUUUUAGUUUUCUAUAGGAUGUGGAUGAAGAGAGAGAUGAAAGACGAAAUGAGGAGACAAGUCAACACAGCAGUUUCGCAGUACUUCGCAUUGUCUGAUACUUCAAGCAUGAAACAUGGAGAAAGGCCAGUAGUCAGGGUAUCUUAUAACUAA